AUGGGAAAGAAAAAUCGUGACCGUGUGGUCGGUGUGUUAGAUUUUCUGAUUUCCAAUCUCGUUAUAGGUCCUCUUGUCGUGUUCUACUGGCGAGGGACGUGGGAACUGCUGGACAUGCAUCUCCUCCCGGAAUCUCCGAAACUGAGCAAUUGGGUUUCGUUAAUCAUCGGCGUCGUCAUAGGCGUGGCAUCAGGUCUCCUCCAGUCAGCGUUUUGUCGGGUUUCUCUCCGGUUUUCACCUGCAGUGUUUGUCAUAUUUUCUCGGGUAUACGGCUAUGUUCUUGCUUUUGGAGUCGUCAACCACUGGAGAGGUGUAUGGCUGCUCCUUAAUGCGUACACCGGAAAUAGCUGGCUCAGCCCUAUGUUGUGUUUGGUGAUCGGUUCCGGAUUACUAUUUGCCUUUCUGUCCGGUACUCCAGUUAUCAGCUCUCAUCACAGUAAGCGUGGACUCUGGGAGCUCCUCAACAUCUACCUCUUCCCCGACGACGUCGUCAUCAGCGGCUGCUACUCUCUAGCCAUCGGCUAUGUCCUCGUCUGUCUACUGGCGCUGGGGCAGCGGCCUCUGAAAGCCAUCUGCAGGAAGCUGGGAGACGCCACAACGAUCGGCAAAGUGGUCUUUGAAGAUUUCGUUUACCUUCUUUACGGCACCGUCGCCAUAACUCACUGGAGAGGGUUCUGGCUAAUCGCCGAUGAGCUUGUAUUCCCGACCAAUCAGAGUCUCAGUCUGUGGCUAACUCACUCGGCAGGAUUCGGAGGUCUUAUGUUGAUGUUCGUGUCCAAUUCCGCGAUGUCGAGAGGCUGUGUUUUCGAUGGUGAUCUGAAAGAUGGGGCGGAAGUUACCAUGGACAUUUCGUACCUGACUUACAUGGUCAGCUGGUGGAAACAUAGCAAUUCAAAAGAGAUUCCGGGACUGCAAGCUGUCGUCGAAGUGAUGUCUGAACCAACCAAGGUUUAAUGAGAGGACUCUAAACGUAACGCCACAUACAUGUAUCAGUAACUGACACACUAACCACAGUUUAAUGAGAGGACUCUAAACGUAACGCCACAUACAUGUAUCUGUAACUGACACACAAACCAACGUUUAAUGAACAGGACUCUAAACGUAACGCCACAUACAUGUAUCUGUAACUGGCGCACAAACCAAAGUUUAAUGAGCAGGACUCUAAAUGUAACGCCACAUACAUGUAUCUGUAACUGGCGCACAAACCAAAGUUUAAUGAGCAGGACUCUAAACGAAACGCCACAUACAUGUAUCUGUAACUGACGCACAAACCAAAGUUUAAUGAGAGGACUCUAAACGUAACGCCACGUACAUGUAUCUGUAACUGACACACAAACCAACGUUUAAUGAGCAGGACUCUAAACGUAACGUCACACACAUGUAUCUGUAACUGACACACUAACCAAAGUUUAAUGAGAGGACUCUAAACGUAACGCCACAUACAUGUAUAUGUAACUGACGCACAAACCAAAGUUUAAUGAGCAGGACUCUAAACGUAACGCCACAUACAUGUAUCUGUAACUGACACAAAGUUUAAUGAGAGGACUCUAAACGUAACGCCACAUACAUGCAUCUGUAACUGACACACUAACCAAAGUUUAAUGAACAAGACUCUAAACGUAACGCCACAUACAUGUAUUUGUAAUUGACACACAAACCAAAACCCAACUCCAAACUUUAUCUAAUGCUUGGCGCACACUAGUCGAUUAAUAACGACGCGACAGUCGUGUGAGCACUAGUCGCAUAAUGCGCACUAGCACACUGAAAG